AUGUCAAAUUCUGAAGAAAGUUCUUUAUACCCUAUCGCUGUUCUCAUAGAUGAGCUUAGAAGUGACGAAAUUUCACGAAGGAUAAACUCCAUCAAAAAUCUCCGCACAAUUGCAACUGCUUUAGGCUAUGAACGAACUAGAACUGAGCUGAUUCCUUAUUUAUCUGGAAUAAUUAAUAUGGCGGUGGUGAAAAAUAUGGCCAUGAUGCGCAUCACUUUGGCCGCCAAAAUGGCUUUACAGCCUAAAGGUCCGGGCCCUUUAAUUUUAACCCUUAGCUUGCCUUGAGCAGCCGUAUGGGAUGGGAACCUUUGGAGUCAGCUGGUGUCCUAUACAGUCAAGCUAUUAGUUAUCCGAUGGUUUUUGGGCCUCGGGUUCUUUCUGGAAGGCCGUUGUUCUUUUUUCAUGGGUGUCACCUUCAUCAUGAAGCGACAGGAGGUAUCGAGCUAGCCUUUCCAUUGCACCCGCAAGAUGUGAAGCAAGCGGAAUCUUUCUAAACUGCCAAGACUCAGGGAUAUCAGUACAAGCUCCAGGUCUGGGAAUAGGCCGCUAUAAGACAGGGUCCAGGCAACUGGACGCCUCUCGCAAGCAGGCUCCGGCGGUCGCACGCGUGAAAGGCAUAAACCUUGAAGUCUUUAAGCCCUUUAAUCUUAAUCUUAUUUAUCUGAAAGAAAUAAAAUGGUGAAGUUGACAGAAAUUGUCUCCGAGACGCACUCAAUGUGGAGCAGGUAAGAUCCAUCCUGAUGAAGCUGAAGCAGCGUCUUUGUCCCUUUUUAAAGUAGGCCUUCAGGUUUGGGAAUGCCUUGCCAAAGAGGGAAGUUUUGCUUCUCCCCGGAGGUUUUCCCUAUCUCUAGACAAGUUUUGCCUCUCACCUAGCCUUCGUCUAUCAGGACUAUCAGAGCACCUACAGAGGGUGGCUCUAGACUAGAGAGUCUCACCAGAAAAUUCAAGAGGGCAAAUUUUGGUUAGGCCUUACACAAAUUGCAUUCUGGUGUACUCAGCACAGGCCACCUUUCCUGCAGUCAAGAUAAUCUGGCUAGCCCACUUAUUGCCAUUUAAAAUCUUAAUCUCUAUCCUUAUUUAUCUGAACUAAUAGAUGAUGAAGAACAAGUUUUGCUGUCACUCUCAGAAAUUUUGCCUACUAUGAUUGACUGUGUAGGUGGAAAAUAUUUCGCACACGUCCUGUUUGACCCUUUAGAGCUGCUUUGCCAAGUAGAAGACUCCUCAGUGCGUGCAUCGGCCGUUCAAAGUUUUAAAACAAUUUUUAAUCAGCUAGAUAUGCCUUUAUUAGAGCCAGCACUGCUUGAUAUGAUUAAAAGAAUGAACGAUGGCGACUAUUUUACGUCCAAAAGUGGAGCUGCUAUGGCUAUUUCGGUGUGUAUAGGAAGCAUGUCAAAUGAAGGAAAAACAGCAGUCCUUGAGAUUUUUAAAGGAAUUUUAGAAAAUAACCAGCCACAGGUGAGGAAGUCGGCUGCAGAAAAUUUGAAGUUCCUACCAAAUGUGUGUAUUUCGCAUGAAAAUGUGCUGAUUGAGUGUCUGAGGCUAAUAACGAAUGAUAAAGAAGAUACAGUGAGGCUGCUAACUGUUGAAAAUCUUAUUGAGUUUUGUAAAUUUUACCCUGAAAAUAUUGUAAAUGCCAGCAUAAUUCCGAUGCUAAGAGUAAUCUUAGAGGAUAAAAGCUGGAAAAUCAGGUACAUGCUAUGUGAUAAAAUAGCUGAGCUUGGAGAGUGUUUAUCAAAUGAGCACAGGACUAAUUUAUUAUGCCCUUAUUACAUUAAAUUCUUGCAGGACCCAGAAACUGAAGUAAGAACAAUGGCCUGCACAAGAUUGGCUGAGUUUGGAAAACUUUUGCCAAUUGACCAAAUGAUAAUUAUUUUGCAAAUUUUGUCACCUUUAACAGCUGACGUAGACUCAGUAAAAAUUGCUUUGGCGUCCAAUAUAAAUAAAGUUUCCCCAAUAAUCGGCAAAGCGAAUACCGAAAUGCACAUAGUAAAAAUCCUGAAUGACUUGUCUAAGGACCCUUCUCCAGAUUUACGAAUGUGUUUGUUUUCUGACUUAGAAAGCUUAGGGUCAGUCGUAGGUUUUGAAAUUAUUGGAAAACAUAUAAUACCAGCUCUCCAAGAACUAAGUGAAGAUAAACAGUGAAGAAUUAGAAUAAGAGCAGCUGAUACUAUUCCUAUACUAGGCCGACAGCUUGGCCUAGAAUUUUUCAGCAUGCAUUUAGACUCAAUCAUGAAAAAAUUGCUGAACGAUUCUGUGUUCUCUGUCAGAGAGUCGAUCAUAAAAGGCUACAAAGAACUUUCUGAGCUAUAUGGCUCUACAUGGGCAGAAGCUAAAAUCAGUGAAGAAAUAGCUGAAUUCCAAGCAAGUGAAAGUUAUCUGAGACGAAUGACAAUGAUUUCCAUGGUAAAAGCGUUUUUGUCAAAAAUGUCUGAAGAGAAAAUUUUAGCGAUUGUGGUCCCAAUGAUAGUUUCUCUGUCAUCAGAUGCAGUGCCUAAUAUAAGGCUUAACAUUGCUAGGCUUAUCAAAGAAGUUUUCCCUCUAGUUACUGAUGCAUCGACAAAAGAUCGGAUAAAAGCUAUUUUGAAGACAAUGAGCAGAGAUGACGAUGUCGAUGUCAAGUUUUAUUCAGAUUUAUCUUUAAAAGCUUUCGGGUAA